UUGUUAUUCUACGAAUGCAGUUGAACAAGCCUGUGGCGAUCUUCCGUCUUUAUGGAAGGGAAAAAGAUUUGCGUUGAUGGAUGGGUAAUUGCAAAUAUCUUAAAUAGCGCAACUCAAAUUUGGCUAUGCCGAAUCGAUUUGAACAGAAAAAAUAAACGUGCGGGAUUUUCACUCUUUAGGAAUCGUCUGCGCUACCCAUCCAAUAAGAUACCAUACUAAUAUAUAACCAUUUUCGUAGUGUCCCAUCGCUUAAACUAUGGUAUCCACAAAGUGUCUUGUUGGGGACAAGCUCGAUAGAAGCUUUAAUCACAAUGUUAACUGAUCCAGUCAACAAUAGCUAUUGUGCGCUAAGAAAGAAAAGGGUCAACGGCCGACAGUUAACGGCACAUAAACAGACAACAAAAAUAGAUUUAGUUUAUAGCCUUAACUAUAGACUCCCGUAUCGCUGCACUUUAGGAAAUCAAAGACAAACGCAUUCCAUUGGUCUAGUUCCUUUAUUGAAUGUUUAUUUUAUUUGUGGUAAUGAAUCAUCCUGUUGACUUGAGUGUUGGGUCUAAAAUGCGUCAUCGCGUGAAAAGGCUGAAGUAAUUGCCUAGUCAUCGUACAAAAUAAAGUAAAGCUAUUGGACAUCUGCUUAUUAAUCAAUUCUAGUAAGAAAGUUCGUGAAAUGGCCAAACCAUGCCAAUCUGAAUUGAUAAUUCUAUUUUUAUGGAAUUUGUAACGGUAACAAUAAAGCGGAAAUGGAUGGACUAAAGCUUCUCCAUAAACAUCGCUCAUCGUUCGACAAAAGGCAAUGUAAAGAGACAUGCAGCCUACAGUGUUCCUGAUAAUCGCCUUUUGGAUUCAACCAAUCGUUGGUACAACUUCUGCUUCUUCAUUUUCGUUAAUUAAUGCAUACAUACGUGGACACUUGGAUGGAAGGGUGGAAAAUGUCAACAAUCUAUUACCGGAGUACGAUUUCAUUGUCGUUGGAGCCGGUUCGGCUGGGGCUGUAGUUGCAUCACGACUCUCAGAGAUAGCCGGAUGGACUGUCCUCUUGUUGGAAGCUGGCGGCUUGGAGACCAUCACUUCCGACAUACCUGGCCUUGCCAAGUUCCUUCAAUUAACUGACAUCGACUGGCAAUAUCAAACAGAGCCGCAACCUGGUCAAUGUUUGGCUUUAAAAGAUGAACGGUGCAAUUGGCCGCGAGGAAAAGUUGUGGGUGGUUCGUCCGUGUUGAAUUACAUGUUGUACGUGCGUGGUAAUAAACGCGAUUACGACGGCUGGGCCAAGGUGGGUAAUUACGGCUGGUCGUUUGAGGAAGUCCUUCCGUACUUUAUCAAAUCGGAAGACAAUCGCAAUCCGUAUUUGGCAAAGAAUAAAGAAUACCAUGGAACUGGCGGAUAUCUGACCGUGCAAGAGGCCCCAUAUCAAACUCCACUUUCGGCUGCAUUUGUCCAGGCAGGAGUCGAAAUGGGUUACGAAAACCGAGACUGCAACGGAGCAAUCCAAACGGGUUUUAUGAUUCCUCAGGGAACAGUGCGUGACGGAAGUCGAUGUUCAACGGCCAAAGCUUUUCUGCGCCCAGUCCGCAAGCGGAAGAAUCUGCACGUCGCUCUACGGGCCCAUGCCCAUCGCGUCUUGAUCGACGAUCAGAAACGAGCUUACGGAGUAGUUUUUGAACGUAAUGGCAAGAUCCAAAGGAUUCGAGCACGUAAAGAAGUCAUCCUGUCGGCCGGCGCUAUCGGCAGUCCUCAGCUGAUGAUGUUGAGCGGAGUAGGUGAUCCGACCCACCUACAACAGGUGGGCAUUUCCGUCAAACAUAGCCUUCCGGGUGUUGGUCAGAACCUGCAAGACCACGUAUCUGGCAGAGGAAUGGUUUAUCUGAUUAACGAAACUGUUUCGUAUGUCGAGACGCGUUUUAUCAACAUGCCGUCUGUUCUGAAUUACGUCAGAAAUAGGGGACCGCUGACUGCACUGAGUGGCACAGAAGGUCUUGCAUGGGUAAAAACCAAAUAUGCCGAUCCCAAUGACGAUUAUCCCGAUAUGCAGCUUCAGUUUAUCGCUGGCUCGCCCAUUGCUGAUGGUGGUGUAACACUGAAGGUCAAUGAUAACAUCAAAGAUUCAGUCUGGAAGGAAUAUUACGAGCCUAUUGCAUAUCGCGACAGUUGGCAACCAAUUCCGAUUGUUUUGCGGCCCAAAUCCAAGGGCUAUCUACUCCUUCGCUCUAGUGACCCAUACGACAAGCCGUUGCUUUACGCCAAUUACUUCAAAGAAGAGCACGACAUGAAAGUGAUGAUUGAAGGCAUGAAGAUUGGGCUGGCACUAAGCAAGACGAAGGCCUUCCAGCGCUUUGACUCGCGCCUGUAUGACAAACCUUUCCCCGGAUGUGAGACUUUGCCUUUGUGGACUGACGAGUACUGGGAGUGCUUCUUACGUCACUAUUCUACCACACUUUAUCAUCAAGCUGGCACCUGCAAAAUGGGUAAUAGUUCAGACCCUACGGCUGUAGUUGAUCCUGAACUACGCGUUUACGGCACGCUAGGAUUGCGCGUUGUGGACGCUUCCAUUAUGCCGGAUGUCGUCUCAGGAAACACCAACGCACCUACGAUCAUGAUAGCGGAGAAAGCGGCUGAUCUCAUAAAAGAAUUUUGGAAGGAAAGAUCUGAAUCACCAAAUGAUAUUUAAUCUGAGCAUCUUAAUUUAAUUAUUUUGUUUAUUUGUCUCAGUCAAUACUUUUGGUUUGGUAUGCAUGAUUUAUUCUUUUGUUGCACACUAUGGUGCCCAUAAGAAUCAGCUCUCUCCCCGCAAACGGAGUUGGCUAAUCACGCAUAGCAAAUCAUUUUUAUUUAAUUUAUUUUUUAAGUCACUCUGAUUGAAAUUUGCUUUGUUCCAUACUAACAACUUGCAGGGAAUUUCAUCUUUGUUACAUUUCAGUCACACCAUCCUCUCAACAAUUUUUGUUUUCGCUAUUGAACUGAAGUAGCUGCCCAUUUGUCGAAUUGUUAAAACCCUACGACAGUACGACAAAAUGUUUGUAAUGUGAUCAAAGGAAAGCAGAGUUUGCAAAUCUAUAAUGCCAAAUUGCAUUUGCAAACUUUCUUCCUUUUUUUACCAAUAAAGAAAUCGAAUAUCGUGAAA